UCCCAUAAGGUGAACGCAUAUAUGCUAAUUCGUGAACUGUAAGCACGCUGUUAGCAUUGUUGGAGUUGUGCUAGUAGUAGGCCUAAGCCCCUUUCAGGAGUUAAGGAAGAGGUGCUACUGGAUACACGGUAGCACUGUCAGUCACAGUGACAGAGACAUUGACAAAAAUGGAAAUCUGCAAUUAAAUGUAUUUGUGAAAUAUCUGGAGGGUUAAAGAAGAUUUGUCAUAUCUUGAACAGAUGACCUUCUAAAGGUUUGAAUACAGUUGAAAAUGAAUGAACUCUAUCUAGCUGUGGUGAUACUGUGUCUUCCUCCGUGCCAUGGCCAAUCCACGAUAGUCCAAGAAACGUGUAAUGACGGAGGGCGGAGGGCUGACGUUCAAACAGCAGGUGCCCGUGCUCUGCUUCACGGGAUGACGGACUUCCACCGCCCUGGGUCUGGCACGGCAGGCUGCGGUGGCAUAUCAACAGGAAGUAUGCAGUCAUUUGAAGCCAUGCGAUGGGCUUUGAGUCUCAUCAACCAAGAUUUGGAUUUAUAUGUACCAGGCAUUAAAAUAGGGUUAUCCAUGUAUGACACAUGUCAAAUGCAGGAGCUGGCAAUUGAUGGGGUGACAGAGAGUUUUCCGCAGACGAUAUCCCAACAGCGUUACUGUCAAACAUCAAACGACACGAUCACAUUAGGUGUACUUGGACCUCGCAAUAGUGCCGAAGCUGUUCCAGUUGCAACUUUUCUGAAACAAAUUCCAGUGCCUCAGGUCUCUUUUGGGGCUAGUGGUGCUAUGCUAAGCGACAGAUUUCGCUUUCCAUACUUCCUCAGGUCCACUGCAUCCGUCAACAAAGUGGUUGAGGUGGCGGUACAAGUUUUAAAACGCCUGCAGUGGGACUACGUAGUUCUUGUUCAUUCCAAGGACAGCGAUGGGAAUAGUGGUAUGGAGACAAUUAAAGACCAUGCGAAUCAGAACAAGAUAUGCAUCACUGCCGUACUUUCAGUAGACGCGUCCUCGAACUCCUCGGAGCUACAGUCAGUGUUAUCCAGUGCCCUUUCCACAGGAGCAACAGGUGUGGUGUACGUUGGAGAUGCUGAGGCAGUUAAAAAACUUUUUCAGGAAGGGGGAAGUGGAAGAGUUAGUGACAGCGGGCAGUUACAAUGGCUUGUCGUAGGAGGCGCCGGCCUAGCACUGAAGGGUCUUCAAUCUUUAACUUACGCCCGGGGUGCCAUUGUAGUAAAGCCAGGCGGUCCUAUCGUUACAGAGUUUGAGGAUCACUGGGUUGCCAUUAACCCAGAAAAUCCAUCAAGUGAAAAUCCUUUUUAUAAAGACUGGUAUAUGACUGUUAACCAGUGCAAACUGCCAGGAGUGACCAACGCGCCAUUUGGAAAUUUGCCCACUUGCAACAUUCCCUCCCAACAGACAAGAAGAUCAGAGUUUGAACAAGACGCCCAAGUCCUUUCCGCCAUACACGCCAUCUUUACGUAUGCUAAAGCCUUGAAAAACGCACAGCGUGCAAAAUGCGGGGCCGGUGCCAACGGUGUUUGUGAACAACUGCGCCAAAUGUUGGCAAAUGAAUUCUUCGAAAACUACCUGAAGAAGACGAACUUUACCUACAGUUCAGAGGAGAAAAUCCCGUCCCUCACUACUGGUAUACAGAGAGUACGCUAUAAUGACCAUGGCGAUAUUAUUGAUGUUGACAUUGACAUUUUCAAUUACAAUAACAGAAUUGGUAACUUUCAAAGUCAGCAGGUGGGGCAGUUUAAAGAUGGAUCCCUUCAACUUCGCACAAACGAAAUACGCAUGUAUGGAGCGACAAGGAACUCUAUGCUUUCGUCUGUCCCCACAUCAAGAUGCUCCGGUGGCACCUGCUUGAACUGUGUUAUUACCCAGAAGACACCAGAAUAUAUGCACAUAGCAGGGGACAUACUGAUAGGCCUGGUUACUUCUGUACACUCGAAAGGGUCUCUUGGCUCCGUUUGUGGUGCUUUAAACACAGAAGUUGUUCAGAAUAUAGAAGCAUUUAGAUAUGCACUUCGGCAAGUGGCAUCUCGAAAUAUUCUGAGCGGUGUCACUCUCGGGGGACUCGUCCUUGACGAUUGUAUGAACCCAAACGUGGCCAUCUCAUUGGUGACAAACAUGGAAAGUGGACUCGUUACUUUAAACGACAGCUCUGGUCAUGCCAUUGAUCCCAAAGUUGUUGACCUUUAUUCUGGGGCCUUGUUCGACAACAUUUCUCUACCCCUGGCUAGAGUUCUUACCGAUUUGCGGAAACCAUUGAUAGGAUAUGCCGAUUCAAUUGUUGAACUUUCUGACAAGUCAGAGUUUCCUUACUUUGCCAGAACCAUCCCCGCAGAUGAUAAAAUGGCAAAAGCCAUAAUCCGUAUUUUGAAAAUAAUGAAUUGGUCGUAUGUGCAAACACUGCAAGGUGCUGACAGUUAUGGGAGAUCGGGGAUGUCUGAAUUAAAGAAACUUGCUAACGCUGAAGGAAUAUGUAUCGCUGGAUCAUAUGAAUUCGGUACAGACGGCAGUGCGCAGCAAAUAGUGGCAAAACUCAGACAAAAAGUUGAUGCAAGUGUUUUGAUAGUAUUUGCUAGCGCAUCCGACGCAAGGGAUCUUUUUAGCGCUAUAUCAGCACUUAACCAUAUUGGUGACUUUGUGAUAAUUGGCACCGAAUUUUGGACAAAUAACAAUAGUAUGAUAUCUGGUUCGGAAGCCGCUGCCAUAGGGUCACUGUCAGUAGAUCUGAAACGCUAUAACUUACCUGUGUUUUCUAGCUACCUCCAGCAACUCGACGUGACCAGGUACACUGCAAACCCUUGGUUUAGAAGCUGGUUCCAAGAAUCUUUUAACUGCAGUCUUGAUCCCAGUUACUCUGGUAGGCCACAGUGUUCUAAUCCUAGCACCACGCCCAUAACUUCUGCCGACCAAUUUAAGUUCGGUGUCUGGGAUUUCAGCAUUAUGAAUGCAGUCCAUUCAAUUGCGCGUGGGCUGCACGAGACACUGAAACAUUUCUGCGGCGACUCCUACAGCUACGUGUGCUCGGGAUUCAGAAAUAGCAACGAGAAGUCAAACAUUCUUAUACAAAAGAUUAAGGAAGCAACAUUUACUGACGAAAGUAGCAGACAAUUUGAAUUUAUGGAUGGAGAAGGAAAUAUGGACUAUAUUGUGUACAAUUAUCAAGGGACAGUGAAUGGGUUCCAGCAGGUCGGAGAAUACAUGGUAAACACGGAUAUUCUACAGUUGUCAGUCGAUGCUGUCAUGCUUCCCAGUGGUGCACCUAACUUCACCUCACAAUGCACUAACGAAUGCUCAGAAUGUCAGAGUUUAUACCAAUACCAGCAAUUCUUGUAUGAGCCAGGUGACAUUGUUAUAGGUGGCGUUGCAGGUGUUCAUAUGCCUGGGACCACACCUUUUUCGUGCGGCAGCAUUAAAACUGGCGAGGAUCCAAUGGAUAUACAAGUCGCUGAAGCAAUAGCUUAUGCCAUAAAAGAAGUUAACUCCAAAAGAGCUCCCGCGAGAUUGAGUGGAGCCACACUCGGGUUACUUUUCUUUGACAGUUGUAACAGCGCAGUUAGGGAGACGAACUUAAUUUCAAGUGUGCACUCUGGAGCUCUUAGUCUGAGUAAGGCUGGGAACAAAGUGGAUCCAGGUGUAAUUCAUGCUUGGAUUACCAGCGGUAGUGAGGCAUCAAUGGAUACCCAAGGUACUUUAGGUUCUUUGGGCGUGGUGCAAGUUUCACCGUUUGCGACGUCGACAGAGACUAAGAAUAGUAUGAAAUAUCCAACACUUUAUCGGACAAUUCCUGCAGACGAUCGCCAGGCUGGUGCUAUGGCUAAGCUGGCGGAAUAUUUUGGAUGGACAUCUGUCCAAAUUGUUUCUGAUGCUACUGCGUACGCCAAAGCAGCAGUGAAUGCCUUUAAAAGAGCUGCAGAGGUUUCCGGUAUCUGUGUCUAUGCGACCCAUGAAAUAGGCCCCCAAAAUGGCGCCGAACAAAUAGUUCAGAGUCUUCUCCUUGCUACCAGAGCUCGGGUAGUGAUCGUGUUCCUGGGCAAUCCUUCAAAGUAUAUGAAGGAUUUAUUAUCGGCGAAAGCUGCUCAGACGAACGAUAACAAUGAGUUGGUGUUUAUUGGAGGCGAUACUUGGGGAACAUCCAUUGAUGUUAUACAGGGAGUUGAGGCAAUUACAGAUGGGUCAAUGACUAUCCAAGUUGAUUCUUCUUCAAUAAACGGAUUUGACAACUAUCUUCAGACCAAAACACCGAGUUUAUCGAACAGUUCGAACCCAUGGUGGGAUGAAUAUUACCAAGCGCUUGCAAAAUGUGACCUUCCAAAUAAUUUCAAGUACGGAGUGUCAUGCGCAAUUCCGUAUAACUCUAUAACAAAUCUUGUCCAGUAUGAACAGAACAAGUACACAGUUCACAUAACGAAUGCUGUAUUUUCAAUCGUUCAAGCCGUGGAGUCAGUACUUUUAGAAAAAUGUGGUCAAGCUUACGUAGGAGUUUGCGAAGCAUUUAAGAUAGAUCCAAAUGUAAAUGAAAAGAUUGUUGCAAAAAUGGCGCAAACGUCGUUCAGAGACUUGAGUCAGCAAAUAUUUUCCUUUCAAGAAAGAGAAGGUACCAAGGGAUACAAGGUCUACCGUUACACAAACAGAUAUUAUAGAGAGAUUGGAUCGUACGACGUAAGCAGAGAUGUUAUAUCUAUUACGGACAACACUGUAAAGACCUAUUACCAGACCGUACAGGCUGCAUGUGUAGGUGAAUGCCAGAGAACUUGCCUUGGAGUAACGGCAGAACAGGAGCAGUUCUCGUUUAUUGAUGGUGAUAUACUGCUUGGAGGUAUUUUUGACGUCACCAAAAAGGGAACAACUCCUUUCAGUUGUGGCGACAUAAAUGACAAGUACGGUUUCCAACUUCUCGAGGCGUUUAAUUAUGCGAUUGAAACUGUAAACAAAAAAGAAGGACUAUUUCUAAAUAAGCUAAAUGGUGUCACUCUGGGUGGAAUCGGCUUAGACGCAUGCGAAAGUGCCAACAGAGCUAGCACUCUUAUUGCAAACAUACACAGUUCUAGCCUUAAGCUGCAAGGACCGAACAACAAAGUUAUCAGCCCAAAUAUUAUUGACACGUACAUUGGAGGUUUGGCAAGUGAUAGCACAAGACGUAUGGCGGACAUUUUGACUGUGUUUGGAAUCCCUCAGAUAACAUAUGGGGCGAGCACUAUAGACUUAUCGAACACAAUAGCCUAUCCCUAUCUUUUGCGAACGGUUCCCGCAGACGACAAACAAGUACGGGCAAUUGUUGCUAUAUUGAAACGCUAUGGGUUCCAAUAUAUCCAGAUCGUCAGUUCGCGUGGCGAGUAUGGUGAACCGAUGGCUGCCGAAUUGAUUAAAAUUGCCCCUGAGCACAAAAUCUGUGUAGCCCAGCACCUCUAUUUAGAGAGAACUCUGACCAAUACGGUAGACGUUGCUGCAGCAGAUGUUACUAUUAAACUUCUCAGAAGAAAUGCUACUGUAGUUGUGACAAUGCUUGAUAGGCCCGUUUUGCAAUUCUUUUUGUCUGCAAUUAAAACAAACGCAGAGGCAGCGGGGAAUUUUUUCUUCAUUGCUACUAAUACAAUGGGCCGAGAUAUCGAUAUCAUAACAGGCGUAGAAUCUGAGGUUUUACGCUCUCUCUCUAUUGGCAUUGAAACAGCCGAUGUACAGAACUUCGAUCGGUAUUUAUACGACAAAACCCCAAGCAAUUACCAACGUAACCCAUGGUUCAACGCGUACUACCAAAAGAUCUUCAACUGCAAUCUACCCGGAGAGACCGGUUAUCCAAAUGAAUGUCUUGAUACCAGCCAGCCCAUCCCUCUGUCUAAGUCGUACAAACAAGAUCAGUACAUUCUGUACGUCAUUAAUGCUGUAUAUGCGGCAGCUUUUGGGAUCCAUAAUGCUCUUGUGCAGCUUUGUGGGCAACGUUACAGCGGAGCUUGUGAAGAUUUUACAACGGCUGGACAAAAAAGAGUUGAGAUUCUGAAGGGAAUUAAACAGGCGUCCUUUACAGAUGAUGCCAACCAACCAUUUGCUUUUACACAGAAUGGCGACAGCAACAGAGGUUAUUCGAUUUUCCAGUUAAUGGACCUCAACGGAGUCUACGACUUCCAAAACAUUGGGAGUUACAAUGAUACCCACUCUCUGAAGAUUCGAUCUGAUAUUACAGUCUCCUGGCAGUCUUCUUGUGGCACUAACGGAUGCAGUGAAUGUCCAUUACUCGGCAACCAGCAAAGUCGAUUCAUGCAGACAAACACGAAGACUUAUGACUUAAACUUACUAGCUGUCUUUCAUCUACAUGACAUGGGUACAACUCCCUAUACUUGUGGCCCUAUGCAGGUCGAAUCCGGCUUCCAGAACAUGCUUGCAUUUUUUUACGCAAUAGAGCAGAUUAAUAAAGACAACAAUAAAUUGUCUACAAACAUUCAAUUUGGCGGACUGGCACUGGACACGUGCAAUAAUUUCGUUCGUGCCCGUGCUGAUCUGUACAGUUUAAUGAGUGGUCAAGGUAUCUGUAAUGUCGUACAAGGGCAGGACGUUAUGAAUCCUGCGACUGUUGUAGCAGCCAUAACCACCGGCACCUCAGAAACACGGGCGGUUCAUGAUAUCUUCGACCCCCUUAGAAUUACCUAUAUUUCGCAAAGUGCUACAGCCGAUGCUCUUAGCGAUAUAAAUGUUUUUAAGUAUUUCCUGAGAACUGUGCCGCCCGAUAGGCUUCAGGCUAAAGCUAUGGUGGAGGUCUUGCAGAAACAAGGGUGGAAUUAUGUGGUUGCCGUUCAUACUGACAGUGAAUAUGGAACCGGAGGAGUAGAUGCCUUCAUACGCGAGGCUGGAAAUAACAGCAUAUGCGUUACACAAAGACACAGGCUGAAACAGGACGCAACAGACCAGGACGCUAGAGAGACGGUGAAAGAAAUCGGAGAAGCAAUCGGUGUCAAUGUCAUUGUGGUCUUUGCAAAUCCAUCCCAUAUUGCUCUUCUUCUCAAAGCAGCCAACGACCUGGGGGAGAAUUACCGUAGUAGAUUUAUUUGGAUAGGUAGCGACACGUGGGCAGACAGCAUGAGUAUCAUACAAGGGUUUGAGGCCAUAGCAGAAGGAGCAAUAACUUUUCGUAUAAGAUCACAAACGGUGGAUGCAUUCAAAAUGUAUAUGGCACAACUUCAUCCUGGAAAUACCAAAGGUAUCCCUGAGGACUGGUUCAAUGAGUUUUGGCAGCACACGUUCUCGUGUAGAAAUUCUUCUGCUGCAUCAGUUCAGCCACAGUACACUAGACUUUGCAGUGGGCAGGAAAGACUGGUAGCUGCAAAUAUCGCACAACAUCCUUACGUGCUCCACACGAUCAUAGCUACUUACAUGAUUGCUCAGGGAAUGUCCACCAUUAAAGAUUGUGGCACCUCACAAGAUGUGUCGAUAUGCCUGGCCCAGCAACAGGACAGAUAUGGUGCCAUAUUCAACGCUAUUAGUACGGCCCAGUGGAACGUUCUUGGGCAAUCCAAUUUCACAUUUAGGUUUACUGAAAGGCAUGGUGAUAUUGGCUACCAGGUCCUUAAUGUUAAGAAAAACGAGGAGCAACAGGGCUACCUGUAUCAGGAGCUCGGCACCUGGAAAGGCGUAUUCCAAGGCGACUUGACUAAAUACGUCGGCCCCGGCUCUGGCAUAACAACCUCUAUCUGUCCUCCUAACGUUAAAUGUAGCUGUCUCACCGGGCCUAGUGGUGAAGGCGGUGACACCUCCACUGUUGAUCCAACAUUCCAGCCCCAGUACCAGCCACCACCGGGCAUCGAGGACAGAUUCCUGAGCGUGAAGGAAGGCUACUGGGGCUUGAUCAUCGCUAUAUUAAGUGGUCUGGGGGCACUUGUCACCCUUAUGUUGCUGUUCUACUUGCUGUGCUUUUAUCCUGUUAAAUCUGGAACGUCAGUUCUUGGCUACUACUUACUGUUAGGAAUACUUGGUGUGUACGUUCAUAAUUUUGCCUACAUAUUCUAUCCAACGGAUGUUGUCUGCGGUAUCAGGCGGUUUUGCCUAGGCUUGACAUACGCUGUUUGCUUUUCUGUGCUUCUUCUUAAAGUUCUCAAUACAUGGAGAAUCGGUGAAGACGACAGCCUCACAAAAUACAAGCGCUUAUCCAGUCCUCUUAGCUUCUUCCUGAUAGCCGUUGCGUUGACUUUGAUUCAAGUAAUUAUUGGAACAGAGUGGCUUAUAUUGGUUCCGCCGAAGUCGAAUUAUAAAAUAUACGAAGGGCAGCAGUACCCACGCUGUGAACCAACAGACUUCUACGACGAGGCUCUGAUCAUGUCCUGCAUAUACGUCAUGGUGCUAAUCGUAUUCACCGCUAUAUUUGGAGGAAUCACGUGGGAUAAUGGAAUAAAUCAUUACGAGUCCCGAUGGGUACUUACGACGGCUUUGAUAACAAUUGGCAUCUGGCUUAUAUGGAUUCUUGUGACAAUCUUUUCACCUUGGCAUAUUCGGGACCCCGCCAUAGCUAUUGUUAAUAUCAUAAAUGCAACUGCGAUACUGUUAUGCAUUUACAUUCGUAAACUCUACCUAUUGACAAAAUACAAAAAAGAAGUACACCUAGAGAAGAAACAAUUGAAAGAAACAGCAAGCAUUAGAGAUCCUGGCAUUUACUCUCAAGUGUACCACAACCGAGCGUAUGAUAACGCUGAACGUUUGCCACACGAACAACCUCCCCCUGGAUACGCGUCCUCUAGUAUCCACUCAAGAUCACUGAGAUAAAUGUUACCUGCACCCUUUCCUCACGAAACCAAAUGACACUCAGAGAAAUUAUGAGAUCUUGUGUUUUUACACCUAUGGCACAUCCAUCGAAAAUGUUUAAGAAGUUAAAAGUGUACUUUAUAUAUAUAUAUAGUAGAUGAUAAUCGUAAUGUGAUAUUAAUACACAUAUUUACCACGUGUUUCUUAAAUAAUUUUGAAGAAAAAAGAAAAAAAACUUAAAAUAUAGAAAUGUGCAACUGAAUGUCAAAACGUCUGUGAAAUUCGCUGGUGUGUGUUUGUUGGCGGGGUAUAGUACAAGGAAUGACUGUUAGUACAAGUAUUGACUGUUAAUUCUAUAUUAUGUAGAGUCAUCUUACUGACCACUGAGUGGGUAUCAAGCUUUAAAAGCAAUUCAAACGGUGCCAUUAUUUGUCUGGAAUAUUAAAUAUGCUAUUUUAGUAGCUUUUCUAACCAUUUAGUAUCAAGUAUUGUUAAACAUUAUCUAAACAUAUGUAUGUAUGUCUAAACUGAUUUUAUGUAUCGGAAAUUUUGUUUGGCAAAUCUGUAUUAUGUAACCGUGGACGUUUAUAUACAGCCAGAAUACUAAAAAGUCAGCAAUAAGUUAGCAAAGCUGUUGCACAGAAAAAUAUUUUAAUCAACACACCAUUCAAUACAUAUGCCUGUUGAAAUUAUCUAAGCGUGUUUAUGGCAUAGUGGCGAUACAUUGCUCUGACAAUGUACCAUAUAUGUAAUAGCAUAUUAGCAGUAUCUUUGAACAAUAUAGUGCCCAUGAAAAUUUCGUUUUAUCGUUUAACAACGGUAAUAAAAACUUACGUAUCAGGCGUCUGUUUUAACACAUUUACUGCUGUACUUAUAACUUCUUACUUUUUCCUCCCGUUUUCGCUCGUUUUCGACAAUUAAUGCUAAAUAGGGUAUUUUACGGGACACAUUUUACAACUUUGGCAUUGAAUAGUAAUGGAAUGGGGACAUGGCCUGAUUAGUUAUACAUAACAUCUAACAUCAAUCAAAUGGCAUAAACUACCUUUGCAUGGCCCCUGGUUAGACACACAAUCAAUGUAUGCCGUCCUUAAGGUGCCGAACAUAUACAUAUAUAUGUGUGUGUUAAAUUACAAAUGCUGGUAGUACCUUGCAGUAUAAUAUUUUUAAAAACAAUGAUAUAUUUUAAAUUAUAUAAAACAGGACAUGUUAAUUAUCCACAGCAAAACCGAUAACUACUUCG